CUUUAUUACAUAAGUGAAUAGUUAAGUUUUAUAGUUUUAUCAGUCAAAAUAAUAGUAUCCACUCAGGUUCGGUUUUUGGAAUGCGCAUGCGCGUCAUGAACUGGAACGUCAAAUACAAGAAGAUCGAAUAAUAUCGUUGUGUUAUGAUAUUGUAAUAUCUAAAAUAUGUUUCAAACAAAAAUAUACGUAUAUCUCUAUACAUAGUUUUCAGACUAAUCCAGUUAGUGCUCAGCAUCUGAGUAGUGACAUCAUUGUGUUAGAUAUAGCGGUGUAAAUUCGUGCUCACACAACAAAUGGCUAUAUGCAUGUGACAUGUCACGUAUUCUCAAAUGUCUUCUCCCAAAACCACUGAAUAUUCGGGCAAUUAUCAACGGUUUAACGAUGAUGCAAACAUAUCACUCGAGCAAGACAUUUCACAUCGAACAUGCCAAAAAAAUCAUGUAAACUCCUCCACUGAAAAUGUAAGAACAUCUGAUCAAAUCAUUCACAAAUUUGAAACAGAUGAUGUACAUAGAGAAAACAUGUCUGAAAAUGCAGUACUUCCAUCACAUGAUUCAAUCACAGAUCAUGAUUUGCAUUGGGAAAUGAAUUACCAUGAGGCUGCAAUAUUUUUAGAGGAAGGUAAAAAUAAUGAAAAGUUUGAUUCGCACCCAAAGCAUCCAGAAGAUUUGCCAGCAUAUCUCUUAGUUCAUAAUAAUUGGUAUUAUGGGUUAGAUCUAUUAACUUCUCUUAUACUUUUGGCUUUAGCUCUUGUAGAAGAGCCAGCUGUAUCACUGUUUAGCAUACCAGUGUGGGCACAUGGAUCUAUAGAACUUUUUGCUUUGAUAAUUAUAGGUAUAGAAUUAGCUUUGAAAUUAAGAUGGAUUGGCUGGUCAACAAUGUUAAAACACAAACGAACAAUGCUGAAGUGUAUCACAUUGGUCAUCAUGUUUUUAGAAGCGAUGACAGUACUAGUACGACAAUCAUCGCAUUUCCGUGUAACACGUGCUCUAAGGCCCAUUUUUUUAGUAGAUACGAAAUGCUUUGGCGGUGUUAGAAGAUUUAUCAGACAAAUACUUUUAACAUUGCCACCAAUUCUGGAUAUGUUAGGCUUGCUUUUAUUUUUUAUAACACUGUACACUGUAUUGGGUUACUAUAUGUUUUCUGAAAUGAAUAGAAAUUUUUGUACACUACAAGACAGUUUUGUGAGUCUCUUUGUUCUUCUUACUACUGCUAAUUUUCCAGAUGUAAUGAUGCCAUCAUAUUCAAGAAACAAAUGGUAUGCGAUAUAUUUUGUAUCUUAUUUGUCUACAAUGUUGUACGUAAUGAUGAAUUUGAUGUUGGCGGUGGUUAACGAAACAUUUACAGCAGCUGAGCGUGAUAAAUUUAAAAAACUGUUUUUACAUAAAAGAAAAGCAUGUCAACAUGCCUUUAAGUUAUUAGUUUCAAAACAAAAUCCGGAUAAAAUGCGAUUUCGCCAAUUUGAAGGAUUAAUGCGAUACUAUGCUCCAAAUAAAAACAUAAGAGACAUUGUUCUAAUGUAUCAACAUUUAAAUGCUUCUGGAAGUGGAGUUCUAAGUGUUGAAGAGUUUUUAAACAUUUAUGAUACUAUUAUACUUCAAUGGGAACUACAAUACUCUACUGUGCCUUGGUAUCACAGUACAUCACAACCUUUGCAAAUUCUAUGCACAGGAGCACAUGCAGCUAUUAGAUGGUCAUAUUUUGAAAGCUUAAUGUAUAUAACAAUCAUUGCAAAUGGUAUUGCUAUGAUAAUAAGGAUAUUACAGGCAGGCGAUAAUGUUCAUAGCACAAUUCUAUUUGCUGCAUCUUGGGAUACUUUUCUUUUUGGAGGAAUAUUUGUCACUGAAGCACUAAUAAAAGUAUUAGGACUUGGUACAAGACGAUAUCUGAGUUCCGGAUGGAAUCUUUUCGAUUUAGGAACAUCUAUAAUGACACUUGUUGCAGCUUGUAUUUUAUCUCUUUUUCCUACAGCCACAUUUUUCGUUUUAUUUAGACCACUUCGAUUGCUAAGAUUGUUUAAAAUGAAAAAAAGAUACCGAGACGUAUUUGGCACACUUGUGAUUUUAACUCCCUUGAUGUCUUCCACUGCAGUAGUCAUGCUUGUUUUAUAUUAUUUUUUUGCAAUCAUUGGGAUGGAAUUGUUUGCAGGAUAUAAUAUGCGAAAUUGUUGCAAAAAUACAACAGUUGAAGACUUUUACAAAUACUCUGCCAAUGAAAGUACCGCACUAGGAUAUUAUUACCUUAAUACUUUUGACAACCUUAUAGCCAGUGGAAUGACCCUUUUUGAGUUAACGGUUGUUAAUAAUUGGUUUAUUUUAAUGAACGCAUAUGCAUUUACUGUUGGAAUGUAUACACGAAUAUAUUUUAUGAUAUUUUAUUUGGUGACAAUGAUUGUUUUAACUAUCGUGGUAUCCAGUUUCUUAGAGGCCUUUCGAUUUAGAAUACAUUAUAAAAAAUCAACAUCUAAACGUGAUGAGGAAAAGAUGCUACAUGAAGAAGUGGAACUAAAAUGGGACGAAUUGCAAUAUAUAGUAGAAGAUUUUCAACUUUUGGAAAAAUUGCGACCCUCACUGAUAGUUGGUGGAACUACUGUUUUUAUUGGCUCGCGUCCUAGAACCAGAGAAGUUUUGCAAAGAAAAAUGUAUACGAAUGAAAUUACCGAAUGGAUUAUAGAGGCUAAACAAGCAGAAAGGCAAUUUUUAUCAAAUGCUACUCAUAGUUUAGAAGAAAAUUAUAGAGAGGAAGCAAUUUCAGAAACAGAUCAUGUAGGAUUAACAGACAAUUUGCGACAAACACAUCGUAAUACAUCAAAUGUUGUAUAAUUGUAAUAAUAAAUUAAAUUUCAUUGUGUCUACUUACAAUAUAGAAGUAUUGAAAGGUUGUAAUAUACAAAUU